UAGUUAAUGACUGACAAACUCACAAGGAAAAUGGAAGAACGUAUAUGUCAUUAAGGUUAAGGUUAUACAAUAUUAUUUUGUUAGUCGAUUUGUUUACAAUUCGACUAUUUUUUCUUAUAAGAAAUAUUAGUAAAUAAUCCAACGAGACUUCAUAUGUAGAAAAGUGUUUAAUACGGCACAACAUUUGUUGCCAAGAUGAGUAAAAUGUAUACAACCGCCAACCUCUCUGACAAAGAGUUAAAAGAAGAAGGAAAUCGACUUUUCAAUCUUCACAAAUAUGAGGAUGCUGCACACUGCUACACCAAAGCAAUUAUUAAAAAUCCAACCCAAGCACUAUAUUUUACGAACCGAGCGCUGUGUAACCUGAAAUUGAAACGAUGGGAAUCAUCCUGUCUAGACUGCAGACGUGCUCUCGAUAUCGAUCCAUGUCUGGUGAAGGGUCAUUUUUUCUUGGGUCUAGCUCUUCUUGAAAUGGAACUCUUCGAUGAAGCUGUGAAACAUUUACAAAGAGGUUUUUAUGGCAAUGUGAAAUUUGCCAUUCUCAUGAUUACACAUCUCAACGAUAAUGUAGCUGUGGAUUUGGCCAAGGAACAAAAGUUAAAUUAUGGAGAUGAUAUGACCAGCAUUUUAAGGCAAGCACGAAAACGUUGUUUCCAAUUGAGAGAAGAACAGAGAAUUGCUCAAGAUAUUGAAUUACAAUCAUAUCUGAAUCAAUUGAUAGUAGAAGAUGCUGAACGAAGUUUAGCUGCUUUAAAGGAACAAGAAGCAAUUAAAGAUGUAGAUAGUAAAAGUGAAGGAGAAGCCUCAUCUAUUGAAUUUACAAGGAAAAAAGAAGAGAUAGAAGAAAAAAGAGAUACAUGUAUGGCUCACCUUAAUGAUUUAUUUGCAAAAGUGGAUGAAAGAAGAAGGAAAAGAGAAGUACCUGAUUAUUUAUGUGGAAAAAUUAGUUUUGAAAUUUUACAAGAACCUGUAAUAACGCCAAGUGGAAUUACAUAUGAACGAAAAGACAUUGAAGAACAUUUACAGAGGGUGGGACACUUUGAUCCAGUUACUAGAGUUCGUUUAACUCAGGAUCAAUUAAUCCCUAAUUUAGCAAUGAAGGAAGUAGUUGAUACAUUUCUACAAGAAAAUGAGUGGGCAUUAUAUUAUUAAUUUGUAAAAUUAGGUUACUGCCAUAUUUCUAUGAUAAUUACAUAUAUCAUGAUUAUUUUUGGGUCCCAUUAAUUUACAUAAAUGUGUAUAUCAUUAUCUUGUAAACAGUAAAUAGAUCAUAUAUCUAUAUAAAGUUGAA